AUUGACAAUUGGACGAGAACAAUAAUUGGUAUCAAAUAACUUGCUGUGUGUGUAGCAGCAGAAACAUAUAUUAGAAAAAUUUAAUUUAUUUUGUAUGGCAGCCUUGCAUUACGCCACCACAAAGAUACACAUAAUUUUUUAGAAAAAGAAAACAAUAGUAAACUCAAACGAUUAAAGGUGUCUAUUGUGAUACAGAAAGAGAUAUAAGUACAUAGUUGAAAAGAUAUUAACAUACGCUCGAAAAGGGAUUAUACAUAAAAAACGUUUGCCGAGAAAUAAGAAGUAGAGAAAACUAAAAAAGUUUAGUUACGAAGACGACAACGAAAAGAACGCAUCGGUGGAGCUACAUCAACAAGCCGGGAAAGUUAAAUAUAAUAAAAGAGAGUUAUAUUUUGUGAAUUUAUAAUUUAAAAAACAUUAACAAAAUGUCUGAACGUGAAAAUAAUGUUUACAAGGCCAAAUUGGCUGAACAGGCUGAGCGUUAUGAUGAAAUGGUUGAAGCCAUGAAGAAGGUCGCUUCCAUGGAUGUUGAGCUGACAGUUGAGGAGCGUAACCUUCUAUCCGUUGCUUACAAGAAUGUUAUUGGCGCACGUCGUGCUUCGUGGCGUAUUAUUACUUCAAUUGAGCAAAAGGAAGAAAAUAAGGGCGCUGAAGAGAAGCUUGAAAUGAUCAAAACCUAUCGCGGUCAAGUUGAAAAGGAAUUACGCGAUAUUUGUUCUGACAUAUUGAAUGUGUUGGAAAAGCAUUUAAUUCCAUGUGCUACCACUGGUGAAAGUAAGGUAUUUUAUUAUAAAAUGAAGGGUGAUUAUCAUCGUUAUUUGGCUGAAUUCGCAACUGGUUCUGAUCGCAAAGAUGCUGCAGAAAAUUCUUUAAUUGCCUAUAAGGCAGCCAGUGAUAUUGCAAUGAGUGAUCUACCCCCAACACAUCCAAUUCGUUUGGGCUUGGCACUAAACUUCUCCGUGUUUUACUAUGAAAUUCUGAACUCACCAGACCGCGCUUGCCGUUUGGCAAAGGCAGCAUUCGAUGAUGCUAUUGCUGAACUGGACACUUUGAGUGAGGAAAGCUACAAAGACUCAACACUUAUUAUGCAGCUGCUGCGGGACAACCUUACGCUAUGGACAUCUGAUAUGCAAGCAGAUGGCGAUGGUGAAGUUAAGCAGGAAAUUCAAGAUGUUGAAGAUCAGGAUGUGUCGUAAUUUAAGUAAGCCCCACCACCACCCUACUUAAUUCUAAAUCCUUUAUCCUUACCUUAUAAUUCAGUAGCACUUAAAAAUCAACAGUUAAAAAACAAAAUUUUUCAAUUUUAAAAAACAUCAAAUUUCUUUUUCAAUAUGUAAACUUUUUUGCAUAAACAUAAAUUAUAAUUAAAAUGGUUAAAUUCAAAUAAAAAGCAUUAAAGCAUUACAAAAACACACAAAACAGCAGAUGAAUAUAUGUAAUUUUAAGAAUUUAUGAAUUAAAUUAAAAAUCAACAGCAAAUAAUAUAAAAGUAAGUCUUAAAGAAAGCGAACAUUAAUUUAGGAAAAAAACGUAAGAAAUAUAAGAAUGCUUAAUUGUAAGUGUAUUGUUUUGUCUUUAAUUUGUAUUAAAAUAAUCCACACAUAUUUAAAUAAUAUAUUAAAUUAUAUACGGCUUAAUUUCUAAGAAGCAAAGAAGUCUACCGUUAAUUUACUUACUAUUCUCUUGUAAUUUUUCAAAUUUUCAUAAUAUAUUAAAUUAAAUACUGCAAUAAUAACUGAUUAACAGAUUAACUGAUUAACUGAUGAAAAUGUGGAACAAAAAAAUAUACAUACAUUCUUACAUGCAUACUCAUAAAUAAGUAAUUCCACAAACUAUUAUUGAUAAAUAAAAGUGAAUUUUUAUAUAAUUUAAUUCCUUUUGUAAUGCAUUUUACUCUUACUCUACGUUACGUAAUGUAUUCUUAUUUUUUUUAUUGAAAUGUAUAUUUUUGAACAGUUUUUUUUUAAGUUUGUAUGGUCUUUGCAAUUUAUUUAAGUUUUAAAAGAAUACAAUAACAAACAUAAUUUGUUUUAUACAUGCUUCUUAUAAAAUAUAAACGUUAAAAACAAAUUGUAUUAUUUUUAUUACUAAACAAAAUUUUAUAUUUUAAAAAAAUUUUUCAAAAAAAAAAAGUAAAAGCAAAUUUCGUUUGCAAAUAACAGUGUUUGUGUUUGUGUUUGGCUAAAUAAAAAUGUUUAAUUUGUUCGACUAUAGAAUCAAUAAAUCAUAAAAUACACUCUUACAUAGAUACAAAGAUACAAGUAAAAACAGACACAACAUCAUUAACCGAUAAGAACUCAAAACUUAACUAAAAUACAAUUCAUCUUAAAUAAAAUUUACAAAAAAAAAAA